UUCGUAUGUUGAAGUGGGCGUAUUAUUUUACUCUAACAACGCAGGAAUCGUGAAAGAAGCGAUUUUUGUGUUUUCGUAGUGCUGAACAGUGUGCUAUAAAGGAAUUCUGUCCGUUUUUCAACGCCUGUAGUACGUCAAAAUUAGGCCUAUGAAUAUGCGUUGACAGAUGUUAAGAAAGCCACUAAUUAUAUGCUACCAUUAUUUCAUUGUGUUUUCGAGUUAAGAGACCGAGCUGGGGAUCUGUAUUAUAUGGUGUAGGGUUUAUUUUUUUUGAAGUAUAUAAUGGAAACUGGGGAAGGUGAACAAAACAAACAGCUUGCAGAUAAAGAUGAAGAAGAAGACUAUGCGAAAAUACGAUAUCGUAAACUCCUGUCAACUGCAAAAGAAUCUUUUGAAAAUGCUUCCCGUUUAUUGCGACGGAAAAUCCCCUGUACUGGGCAUCUGAUGACACCCCGACGCCUAUGGAUACAAACAAUACCAACGCAGGAAUGUGAUGUCGUGCUCAUGUUCCCUCCUGGAGCACAGGAUUUCACCCUCAUGUGGUUAUUGUCCCGACUGCGUGCUGGUACACCUGGGCUGGUGGUUCAUGUGCGACACCAUGCAUCUUCUGACAGCUAUGGCUUCUAUCUCACAGCCCCUUUCAAUGUCCUGCUAAAGGCUGCUGAGGAGGUGCAUCUCCCAAAGACAUUGCGUUCAGAGUAUGGUGGUGGACUGAAGGAAUUUGUGCAGCAGGAGGUUUCCUACUUUGAAGGGACAGACAAUGAACGUGAGUUCUUCACAACCCAGGAGCGUCAGUGGCUUGUUCUGCAUCUGCUUCAUACUCUCCGAGCUGGUCCUGAGGACCAAGUGGCAGGCCUGAAGCUUAUUGAGGGUCAGGCAAUAGUACCAAAAUGUGUGUCAGCUGGUGUGAUAUCGCAAGUGUUCCCUCUACAUGAUCUCCCUGCACUCAAGAAAUUACAGAAGAGUUGGGUGCGUGCUUUCCUACACAAACAGCCUCUAGAUGCAAUCUGUGAUUACUUUGGGGUGAAGAUAACCAUGUAUUUUGCCUGGCUCGGCCACUACACCACAGCUCUCAUUGUGCCAGCUGUGGUUGGCUUUGUUUUCUGGAUUGGUUUCUGUGGCAGAGACCAGGCAACAGAAGAUGUGGGCUUUGUCCUCUUCUCAUUUUUUAAUGUGCUGUGGGCCAGUGUAUAUGUGGAGGCUUGGAAGAGAUAUAGCGCAGAGUUGGCUUAUCGUUGGGGGACACUGGACCAGCGGGAUGAACUGCUGGUAGAGCCUCGUCCAUUGUUCACAGGCACGCUAGAGGUAAGUCCAGUGACUGGCCAGUUGGAACCAAGAUACCCUGCGUGGAAAAGGAAUGUAUUCCGCUACCUGGUCAGUGUCCCCAUCAUCUUGCUGUGUCUCCUGUUGGUGUUUAUCAUAAUGAUCUUCACACUUCAACUGCAGGAGUGGUGGGACCAGCGAAUCACAGAGCAGGGAUAUUUCUUCUGCCUCAGUUAUUUGCCCAAGAUCCUGCUUGCAGUUGUCAUCACUGUAUUGGAUGAGGCCUAUUACAAAGUGGCAUGCUGGCUCAAUGAUAAGGAAAACUACAGGCUUGAGACCAAGUAUGAAAAUCAUCUAAUCAUCAAAGUAGCAUUGUUCCAGUUUGUGAAUUCCUUCCUGUCACUAUUCUACAUUGCUUUUUAUUUACAAGACAUGGAGAAACUGAAGGAGCAACUGGCUGCUCUGCUGAUUGCAAGACAGGUGAUUGGAAACCUUAAGGAGUCAGCCCUACCAUAUGUGCUGGAGCAGCUGCGACUGGCUAAAAUGAGUUUUGACUUGUUUGGGGCUCUGAGCCCUUCUGAAGCAAAGAAAGAACUGACAGGCAAUCAAAGAGAGGCGAGCCCCACAAGAAAAACCACAGGAACAAACCGGAGCGUCAGUCAAGCAGAACUUGAAAGUUCACUGUUCAAGUAUGAUGGAACAUUUGCAGAUCACCUGGAAAUGUUUAUUCAGCUGGGAUACGUAGUUCUUUUCUCAUCUGCUUUCCCCAUGGCAGCUUUUUGUGCUGUUAUCAACAACCUUAUUGAGAUUCGCAGUGACGCCUUUAAGCUGUGCUUCACCUUUCAGCGGCCCUUUGGUCAGAGAGUUCCAAACAUUGGCACAUGGCAGAAUGCAAUGGAGGUGAUGUGCAUGAUUGCCAUCUUGGUGAACUGUGCUCUGAUUGGUCUCUCUGGCCAGGUGCAUCGCAUGUUUCCUGAAAUGUCCACAACACAAACGAUUCUCCUAAUUGUUGCCCUGGAGCACAUAAUGUUGUCACUGCGGUUCAUAAUAAUGUGCGCAAUCCCCGACCUUCCUGAGUGGGUUGCUACAGAAAUGGCCAAAGUAGAGUUUGCUCGACGAGAAGCGUGUCGUCGCCUUUCCUCCACAACUGCUUCACCAGCACCUGAUGUCACAAUUCCACCACCAGGACUGGUUAUAGGACGAUUUGUUGUUUCUCCAGCGAAUGAAGUAAGUACUGAUACUGGUGGAGAGGAAGCAAAUCACACGCCAGGAAAUAAUACACCCAUAGCUGAGGAAAACCUUCCAACACCAGUUGUUGAAAAUGCAGCACCCCCUAUGGAAGAGCCCACUCUACCCACUAUACGCUCUUCACCGGUGGAGAGCAAACACCUCUCUCCAGGUAUAGCAAGGAGUCUCCCAAAAAAGUCACGAGACUGGUUGGGCCCUGAGGGUGAGACAUUGGGCUACCAUCUGACAAUUGGACCACAUGGGGUGGAUUGGACACGAAGACUUGGGCUAGAUCCUGCCCGUAAGGGAAGUGAACCAGAGAUGGGGAGUGCUUCUGGGGGUGACUUGCGGCGUAGCACCGACUGUAUUGCACAUAAAGACCUUGCAGCAUCCUCGGAUUCAGAUCUCUUGCGUUCUGCCCCUCCCUGGGUUGCAGCUCACACUCGUUCUAAAUUUCGUUUUUCUCCUGAAAAGGAGGCUUCAUCUGAUAGUAGCCGUACUGUAUCUAGCCAGGAAGGUGAUGAUUCAACCCCUGGUGCAGCUACAGCACCACCUGCUACAACCCCUACCAUAACUCCCAAAGGAGAUGAACUGGCAGCUGAAGCAGCUGCUGCCAAGAAGACGAGGGUGAAACAGAGUCUGAUGAAACGAGCCCGCAGUGUGGCUAUAUUUUCGCUCAAACUGAAGGAACGCAGAGCCCGAGAGGCUUCUGCCAAAGAGGCAGAGACCAAGGCUAAGGAGAAAUGGAUGCCACCCCCAAAUGUUGGGGGUGAGUUGUCGUGUAUUCCGAUAGAGAAGCUCAUAUCUGUGGAUGACGUAGCCAUGGACCUCCAGCGUAGGCUGAAUCCUGGCAACUUGUAGCCAGACUUUCUGUUAUUUUCCUCUAGUCCAUAGGGAUCAAUAUCAUUUACUAGCAAUACCUCAAUAUCCUGUAUCAUAGUAAGUGUACUAGAAUGUGCUAGAUGUUAGUGUCCAUCUGAAUAUUGCCAUUGUUUAACUUACAUGUGUUAGGCUGUUCUUAUUUGCGUUCUUUGCCAGAAGUGGGAGUAGAGGACUUCUAAACAGUUUCCAUUCAGUUUCAUUAUGGUGGCUACAGAUAGGGAUGCAGAUCAUUGCAUGAUCAAGAGAUUGGGCUGCAUGGUAGGUUAGAACAUCAGUCAAAUUCUAAAUGCAUUUUCCAGCUAAUUUUUUUUUGGUAAGAUUGCAAGGCCAAAUCAUGCCAUUGUUACUGUUGUAGGAAAAUUCACAGUUACUGCCAUAGAAUAGACCAACCAAGGUCACAUUGUUGUUAGGAUAGCACUGGUCUCAAAAAAGUACACAGAAUGUAGGGUCUUGCUUAAUACAUGUACCAGCAUGGCAGUAUCAUACUCACAUUCCAUAAAACUGGUUCACUGCUGUUAUGUUGUCAGCACUGAAUUAGUAUUUUUAUGCUGACAUUUCAUUCCUUUCUCAGUUGUUGCCUAAGAGUAAGUAACAAAAGAGUUUGUUUUUGUCUGCAACGAUGUUUUGUGUCAAGUGCCUACUGCAAGUUCAGAUUUAAGUUCUGUUAAAAUAUAAAUUAAUGUUGUAUACAAGAAUGCAUUGUUAAUGUUAUCAGUGUAUUAUUUUCAAAAAUGUUUCAUAAAAGUAAUGUUGAGACACUAGGUUUGGUAA